CACACACUCUCUUACAAACAAUGAAUCUAGUUCAUACAUUCUCCUUUAAUCUCCAGACCUUAUGCUUUCAUAUAUAUAUUUGCAGUUUCAUGUUAGGUAGUAUAUGUCUAUUUUAUUAAUAAUCCCCAAUUCUUUGUAAUCUUUCUUGGUGAGGUAGUACUCAUGGACAACAUAGAAGUCCCCGAGUACUUCAUCUGCCCAAUUUCACUUCAAAUCAUGAAAGAUCCAGUAACAGCCAUAACUGGAAUAACCUAUGAUCGACAAAGCAUCGAACGAUGGCUAUUCGAGACGAACAACACGACGUGCCCUGUAAGUAAGCAGCCGCUGCCUAGAGACUCCGACUUGACCCCAAACAACACGCUCUGCCGGCUGAUCCAGGCCUGGUGCACCCUAAAUGCGGCUAAUGGCAUCGACCGUAUCCCCACCCCUAAGCGUCCUCUCAGCAAAUUACAUCCAAUUAACCUGAUCAGGGACCUCUACCAGCCUGAUCUGCAGAUCAAAACACUGAGAAAAUUGGAAGCUCUUGCCAUCGAGAACAAUAGAAAUAGGGUUUUCUUGGUGGAGGCUGGCUUAGUUAACGCCUUGAUAUCUUUUAUCACAUCAUGUUACGAUAAACAACAGAUGAACGGCCUGGAAGAAGCUCUUAGCCUUUUCUAUGUCGUCCGUGCUUCGUUAGCCCAAUUGCAGGGACCCUUAACUGAAAACGAUGAAGUUUUCGACUCUCUGGUGUGGGCUUUAUGUUGUGAUUAUCUUCCUGACAGCGUGGUAGUAAAAUCCCACGCAGCGUAUGCAUUGAGAGUCAUGGUCGAGAAGGCAAAUCCGGGCCUGCUGGAGAGACUGAAGCCCGAAUUCUUCAAGAGUAUAUUGUGUUUGUUACGGGCCGAAAGCAGCAACAUUUCUCAGCAAGGAAAGAACUCCCUUUUGCACGCAUUGCUGGAUGCCUGCCCGUGGGGGAGAAACAGGGUCGUGAUGGUCGAAUCAGGGGCUGUUUUUGAUCUAAUAGAGGUGGAACUGAGGAGCCCGGAUCAGAAGAAAACAACAGAACUAGUAUUGGGAAUACUAUGUCAUCUGUGUUCGUGUGCAGAUGGAAGGGCUCAGCUGGUGAAUCACACGGCCGGUAUUGGAGCAGUCACGAAGCCAAUCCUGAAGGUUUCUUCGAUCGCGGAUGAAAGAGCCGUUUCCAUUAUUUGGCUGAUCGCUAAGUACUGUGGAACGAGUAGAGUGCUUGAGGAGAUGCUGAGGGUUGGAACAGUUGCAAAGCUUUGCAUGGUGAUGCAAGCGAAUUCUGCUGUGCAUCUCAAGGAGAAAGCGAAAGAAAUCCUACGGACAAACUCUGAUGUGUGGAAUGAUCACUGGCCGUGUACAGAAGCCGAUUGGACUUUCCGCUGCUAAUCAUAUUUCAUCCUCUACUCCAUUUAAUAUAUACACAUAUAAAAAUGAUAUCAUAUAUUUUAUUUAAGGAAAAAUUUUAUACGCUUAGUUAAUGUAUGUUGAACAAAGUAGGAGAUGAGAUAUA